AUGGAAACAUCCCAAGCUAUAUCUCUGGUUACCCUUGCUUUAUCAGUUGGUUUCGCAAUAUUCCAUGAAUGGGACAACAUUGUAGAAAUAUUUAAUAAAUUAUCAGGAAACAGACCAAUGAUUGCAGGCGAGUUGAGUGAGGAAGUGUUAGAAACAUUGCGACGAGAAAGAGAAGCAGAAGAACAAAGUAUAAAAGAAAAAUUAAAAAAAUAA